UCACACUCCUGCUCAAACUCAUGCAUGUCAUUCCUUUUCCACACAAAGCCGCUGGAACUCCACUCGUGAUUUUCUGUGGAGGAUCUGAAAUGAAGCUUGUUUACACAGCAGGUGGAUAUGACGUCACGGACAACAACAACAACAACAUCCAAAUCCGCGACUCUUCUCCUCUUUCCUGCUUCUUCUGUCGGCGAGUUCCGAUCUAAUAAGCUGAGACAGGAGCUCGUGCGUUUCCCCGCGAGACAGCGGGCAGCCAGCGGGACCGAAAGUCCGCAUUUUGCGUGAUUUCAACGCCUCGGGCAACAUGGAAAGGAAGUGAAGCCGCGAGUGAGAGUCGCUUUCAUCAGACGUCCAGGAGACUCCGGUGGUGACGUCGCGUGGAGCCGGAGAUCAAAGGCGAGGAGGCCGUUUUACCGCCGCUGGAACUGGAGGUUGCUGUGAAAAAGCAAGUCCUGGCAGAAGCUUUUUAAGUCAUGAUGCAAGAAUCUGGGACAGAGGUGACGAACAACGGACCGGCCAAUCAGAAUGGAGGAGCGAGCGUGGAGGGCGUACCCAGGGAGGGGCGUCCCAGAAGCGCCACGCCAUCAGUGGAUGUGACUGCUGCGGACCUCCUGCAGCUCCAGCAGCACCAGGCCCUCCAAGUGGCUCGGCAAAUUCUUCUCCAGCAACAGCAGCAACUACAGUCUCAACUAAACACCGGUCACAAAUCCCCCAAAGCCAACGACAAGCAGCAGAGCCUGCAGGUUCCAGUGUCAGUGGCUAUGAUGACACCCCAGGUGAUAACUCCACAGCAAAUGCAGCAGAUUCUUCAGCAGCAGGUCCUGAGCCCUCAGCAGCUCCAGGUUCUCCUCCAGCAGCAGCAGGCCCUCAUGUUACAGCAGCAGCAACUUCAAGAGUUUUACAAGAAACAGCAGGAACAGCUCCACCUCCAGCUCCUCCAGCAGCAGCAGCAGCAUGCAGGCAGCAAGCAGAGUAAAGAGCAGGUGUCGGCGCAGCAGUUGGCCUUCCAGCAGCAGCUCCUGCAGGUCCAGCAGGUCCAGCAGCAACACCUGCUCAACCUUCAGAGGCAUGGGCUGCUCAGCAUCCAGCCAGGACAGACCGGCCUGCCGCUGCACUCGCUUACUCAGGGCAUGAUUCCAGCAGAGCUGCAACAGCUGUGGAAAGAGGUGACAAACGCUCACGUGAAGGAGGAGCACAACAGUAGCAGCAACAACGGCCACCGGGGCCUGGACCUGUCCUCCCCGGCCCCGCCAAAGAACCCAGUCCUCAACCAGCACGCCUCCACCAACGGCCAGUACAUGAGCCACAAGAGAGAAGCAUCGACGUUGGAGGAGCCCUCCCCCCACAGCCACCCCCUCUACGGCCACGGCGUCUGCAAGUGGCCUGGAUGUGAGGCGGUUUUUGAUGAUUUCCAUUCGUUCCUCAAGCAUCUUAACAACGAGCACGCCCUGGACGACAGGAGCACGGCCCAGUGUCGGGUGCAGAUGCAGGUCGUACACCAGCUGGAGCUGCAGCUAGCUAAAGACAAAGAGCGUCUGCAGGCGAUGAUGACGCAUCUUCACGUCAAGUCCACGGAGCCCAAAGCCACCCCACAGCCGCUCAACCUUGUGUCCAACGUCACGUUGUCCAAGUCGGCACCAGAAGCCUCUCCGCCGCUGAGCCUUCCCCAGACACCCACCACGCCCACAGCACCCCUCACGCCCCUCUCCCAGACCCACUCCGUCAUCACGGCCAACAGCCUCCACAGCGUGGGACCCAUGCGACGGCGCUACUCGGAAAAGUACAACAUGCCCAUCUCUCCAGAUAUCAGUCAGAACAAAGAGUUUUACAUGAAUGCAGACGUUAGACCACCAUUCACGUAUGCCUCACUAAUAAGACAGGCCAUCCUGGAAUCUCCAGAAAAGCAGCUAACACUAAACGAAAUCUACAACUGGUUCACGCGAAUGUUUGCAUAUUUCAGGCGCAACGCGGCAACAUGGAAGAAUGCAGUCCGGCAUAAUCUUAGUCUUCACAAGUGUUUUGUGCGAGUAGAAAACGUAAAAGGGGCUGUGUGGACAGUCGACGAAAUAGAGUUCCAAAAGAGACGGCCUCAAAAGAUCAGCGGAAGUCCAGCCCUGGUGAAGAACAUUCAGACCAGCCUGGGCUACGGUCCAACGCUCUCCGCUGCCUUCCAGGCUUCGAUGGCAGAAAACAACAUACCUCUAUACACUACUGCUUCCAUUGGAAGUCCUACCCUCAACUCGCUGGCCCACGCCAUCCGCGAGGAGAUGAAUGGAGCGAUGGACCAUGGAAACAGCAACGGGAGUGACAGCAGCCCGGGACGCUCGCCCCUGCCAGCUAUGCAUCACCUCAGCGUUAAGGAGGAGCCGCUGGACCCUGAAGACCACGACGGACCCCUCUCCUUGGUAACGACUGCCAAUCACAGUCCGGAUUUCGAUCAUCACAGAGAUUACGAUGACGGCCCUGAUGACAUGCUGUAAGCCCCUCCCUCCCAUCGCCACCUCCCUCCCCAGCCUCAGGGGCCGGGGCGUUGCCUGGGAGACGGAGGCAGAUGAAACUGAACUGCAGUCUCAGCCACUGAAGACAACUGUCAAUUGUCUCCAAGUUGACUUUUUAGUGCCAUUACAGACAGAAAGAAAACAAACACAGACACCACCCCCCCCCCCCCCCCCCCCUUUUUUUUUUCUAGUUACACUUAAAAAGUGAAAACAAACUUUAUUUGUACUCGUGUGUUGGACAGAACUGUUUGGUACGGGGGGUGUCCACGUGCUCGCAAACCCCCGCUGUGCAGCCAUGAUGGACUGCUCUCAGCAGACUGCAAUUGGGGGGUCAUGCCCCCCCACCUCACCCACCCACCCCUCAGAUACAUGUGACCAGAAACUGAAGAUAGAGGCGUUUAAUUUACACCGUGCGUGAAUAUGGUUCAUUGUCACUUCUCAUUGGUUGGAUUCCAUCUAGGGUGGGGGCGGGGUUAUCUUGUGGGGGUGGAAUGUUAUAACGUGUCCUCUCCUUCACUCAGAUGUUUGCUUAGUUUUUGUUUAUUUCUAAUUGUUGCUUGAAACGAAUCCGACCUCAUGUCCAGGCCGUGAGGUUCUGUGUGCUUGAUGAUGAAUGUUGGAUUUUCCUUCAUGAAGCAGAAUGUCACAAACAAGAAGUAUUUUUCUGUCAUUUAUUCCUCCCCCCCAAAAAAAGCUCAUGAAGUCCACCAGCGAUGCACUACUCACUAUGAAGGCUCUCUCUACACAUCCAUGAAGUUUCAUUUAAAAUGCGAAUGAAUGACAGAGAACACCCCCCACCCAAGCUGUGGUGUGAGGCGGCAAGAUGAUGAUCUACAUCAGGGAUCACCAGGGCCGGUAUCCUGCAGCAAUGACCGGGUCAUUAACAGACGGGUGCAGAACUCCACAGAAGCUGGUGGAGAUGCAUUUGAUUUCAGUCCGGUGUUGCAGUGGAGGACCAGUCCAUGCCUGCAGGACCCCGGCCCUGGAGGAACGGAGCUGCCGAUCCAUUCAUGGCAACGAACUCUGAUUCCUGAAGGCAGUCGUCACCGCAUGCUCGCAGGUAAGCCUGCAUCCCGUAGUUUUAUUUAGAUCACGCUCAUCACGAACUUCAAGUUUGGAUGAAAAGCUUCUUUCUCCUCUCACCACGGGAACAAUCACCGGACCUGCAGCAAGACCUAAACGUUGCACAUUCCAGCAUCAGACAGCCAAUCAAAAGGGCCCAAACACACCUGGAGGAUGAGGAUACCUCAACGUUCAGCAUCACUCAAAUAAAAAGCCGUCGCCAUCAAACCGAGCGAAAUCCAGGUUUUUAUUUUGUGAUGCAGCAAAUAUUGAAAUUCCAGCUUUGGUAGUUUUAGAGACUGCGACCAACCACUUCCUGUUUAUUUAUUCCUAGUUGUAUUAGUUCAUGUUUAUUAGGCGUUUUUUAGCUGGAAUAACAUGUUGUGUGACAACCAAAGACAAACUAAAGUCCAUGUUUCAUGCAAACAGAAGACGAGGCAAAAUGUCAGCAGCCAUGGAAUCCGAGGGAAACACUUUCCUUCUUUUUUUUCUUUGAAUAAAACCAAAGGGGACGGGGUUGGUGGGGGUUUAGGGACCGGCCGGCUGCAUCGACGCCUCGCGGUGACCAAGCCAGGCGUUGACCAGCCGACUACAUGAUGACCAAACGGUGAUUUGGGGAAAGAAGCUGCUGGAUGUGAACGGAGAUGGAAGUCUGAUGAGGAUUCGUUGCUUCAGCUGGACCACACACUCAUUCAAUCUUCCUUGUCUUUUAUUCCUUCCCUCUUUCCUUUCUAAUGAUUGUAUUCCACUUUUUUAGGGGUUUUUAUUUCUGUGGAGACUUUGUGUCUCGUUUCUGUCAACUUAUUACUUUUUAUAUUAAAAAAGAGGAAAAAACACACUUGUGGACUAAUAAGCUGGGUUGAGGUACUUCAUGGCUCUUAUUGUUUUUCUUUUUUUGCUAAAAAAAAAAAGAAAAGAAAAAAAGCUCAUUAAGGAAAAGAAAAAAGGGGGAUCUGUAUGUGAUGUCCAGGCAGCUGUGGGAUGGGUCAGGUCCAGCCGGCUGGGAUCGUGAGAACAGGACCGAGCUCGUCCACAAACCCCUCAGUCAUCCGGCUGCUCUGUUAGCUGGUAGAUUAGAUGCUUCUCAGCAUGUGUGGCUCCACGUUACUAAAGAUAAGAGCAUGAGAAACCAUCAGCGGCAUACCUCGGCUCAAACCUGGAGGGAAUGAGAAAACGCUUCAUUCUGCUGCACUUAGCUCUGGUCCUGCAUGAGUAGAAAAACUGGUCCUUGUCCCUUCGUCUCUACCCAGAUCUCAGGCUUGUAUGAGUGGAUCAGUGGUCCAGCUCUGGAUGUGCUGAUUACUCGUUUGAAGGUGUUCAGGUGUUAGCUUGUACAUACACGUCUGUAAAGCUUCAGACUUCUUUUUCUCUCCCCUGCUUUUCUUUUGACGGUGCAAACUCCGUCUGUGUUCUGACGUUUGCUUCAUGGCAUCUGCUCUGUGAAAAACUGCUGUAUGUAAUGAAAAAGCCGCCUGUGCUGCACAUGUAUUUCACCUGGUGAUUUCAAACUAAAUGAAUGAGGAAUAAAAGUCACACAGAUCACAUCCUGGAGGGGGGGGCGGGCGGAUUUUAAUCUGUAAUAUAGAAAAAAAAAAAACAACUUUUCUCUAUUGUCAUUGAACAGGAGCAUUUUGUACAGAUUUUUCUCUCUUUGUGUUAAAGCUGUUUUUUAUACUUGCUUUUGAUGGUCCAACCACUGCCUUCUGCAGCUGGAUGCUGAAGCUCGCCUGCUCGGAGAGAACAGGCAGACAGGUAUAUUUCCUCCACCUGACGGAGGUGCGUUGCAUGACUUAUCCCAGAGAGUGCUGGCUGGGUGGGGGGUGGGUUGGGGCUGUUUUAAGUGGUCAGUAAUAAUAUAAGGGAGUAUCAGUCUAAUGAUAUUUUAUAUGAAAUUGAUAAGAAAAAUAUGCAGUGCCAAGAUGUAAAGAAUAUUGUUAAAAGCUGUUUUUUCUUUGGUUUGACCAUCCAGGAUGUUUCCUCCACGUCAGCUUCUCUUUAUUUACAUCCAGAUAUUUAUAUUUUUAUCUCAAGUGGUUGUAAAUGAGUCAAAGCAAGCACAGCGGGCAGUUCGAAGGUUCGAUGCUGCAGCAGUGCAACCUGCAGCCGUUCGCCAUCACAUCCCUCAAUAUCACACACACACACACACACACACACCACCCCAGCCAAAGCGCCACCUUCUCAUCCAUCAGCAACUAUCCAGCCCGCUGUCAGUCCAUCCCCCUCGUUCUCCCUCCCUCACCCUCACACCCCCCCUCGUUCUCCCUCCCUCACCCUCACACCCCCCCUCGUUCUCCCUCCCUCACCCUCACAUCCUCCCUCGUUCUCCCUCCCUCACCCUCACAUCCCCCUCCCUCACCCUCACUCCCUCACCCUCACAUCCCCCCUCGUUCUCCCUCCCUCACCCUCACAUCCCCCCUCGUUCUCCCUCCCUCACCCUCACAUCCCCCCUCGUUCUCCCUCCUUCACACUUUUCUUUCUUUCAAGGAGGAAGAGGGUGGAGGUCACGGUGCUCCCAUCCUGCAGCGGUUUCUCUUUGUUUUUCUUCUUUAAAGAUGUAUUCUGUAGUUUCCUGUUUUGUUUUUUGUUUUUUAAGAAACGUGAUUACUCACCACUUCCAUUAGCCUGUAAGCUCAUCGUCUCGCGUCUGUCUGAUGCAGACCACUCUGUUGUAGUCAGUGGCGAUGACUGACCUGAGCAUUCUAAACAUGCAAUAAAAUGCUGGUUGAUCA